AUGGAGACUGUAUUCGCGACAUACACUCUCAGGGAAGCUUUCCAAUUACUGGACCGUCACUGCCAAUUGCCAUCGAAAGCGAAGCAGUCGUGGAGAGCUUUAUUUUCGUAUUUGGCCACAUUAGACGUCGACUUACAAAAUCUCAUUCAACAAGACGUCCGCGCCCACCCCGGCUCCAAGAGAAAGGCACCAUCGACUGCAGCACAGCCGGCGCGUAGAGUGAAAAAACCGCGGUUGGAACCCAGUUCCGAUGAGGUUAGAAGAAACUUUACGCUACUUAGCGGCCAAGAUUUGAUCGAUAGCGAAUUCUUAUCGGUUCCGGGGCCAGAAGUCGUGCACGAUUGUAUAUCUAGGUUCAUCGACCGCACGAGCAAUCAAGCCCUAAGCAAGAAGAUAUGUGUCGUCUGUGCACGGAACCUACCCUCGCGCGAAAUAGAGCAACAUAUGUUGCGGUCACUUCCAAACAAGCACCUAUUGAAAUCAACACAUCCGCAUGCAGCGCAUCAGUUAAUCGACGGACUUUUGCUUCAUGAGACUGCUAGUCCUCAUCAGCUCAACAAUAUCUGCACUACCUGCCUGCGAAAUCUUCGCCGAUGUGACCGACCCAAGUUCUCGUUGGGUAAUAACAUGUGGAUCGGCGACGUUCCCUUUGAACUUAGCAUUCUCACAUUACCGGAGCAACUGCUUGUAUCACUCUACUUUCCAGUCGCCUACAUCAUCAAGAUAUACCCUAAAAACAUCCGCAACGCGGGCCUAUCGUCCCAGGGACCCGGUAGACUGAAUCUAGCGAACGAGAAGCUCAAGGGCAAUGUUUCCACGUUCAAGCUGCCUGCCUCCGACAUCGCAGAGAUGGUUUCAGGAAACUUGGUACCCCGUCCAUCGAUGCUACUCGCCGCCACCAUCGGUGUCACCUUCGUGGGUGUGGGCAAAAAAGCAUUACGAUGCAUGCCCGGGCUCUUCCGCGUUAGGAGACAGAGAGUUUUCGAUGCCUUAAUGUGGCUGAAGCGCAACAAUGCGUUAUACGCCGAAGUCCGCAUUUCCGAGGAUCGAUUGCGGUCCCUCCCGGAAGACGAUGUACCGCAGGAGAUAAUGGAGUCGGUCCGAUAUUCGACAGAUGUCGAUGCUGUUGGACGAGAACACACGGGUUACGCCACUAUGGACGACGAUGAAGCAAGUGAAAGAGCAGACGACGAACCGGGUGAGCCUACCGAACUUGACGGGGACGUCGAACAAGAAGAGAAUUUCCUGGGCAUAGACGACCCGACGGAUACUGAUGAUCUAAUAGAUAACUUCGACGCUGACCCAACGGUUAUUGACGAAGAAGAUGGGGAUAUCGACAACAUAGAUCAAGGUAAUUUUUUCACCCACUUGUGCAUGGAGUCGUUGACACCGGGCGGGGAGGGAAUUCCGGACGCGACCCUAUUCGCUCACGCGGUUGAGAACUUCAUUCCUGCUCCUUUCGCACAAGACUAUGGCGUACGGAAAGGUAGUGCCUUCGUCAACGAGUACGCUAGACGAGACGAAAAUCACGAACGAUUUGAUGGCGGACCCUCCAACCCCAAUCACUUGCUUGGGGCUUUUCCAAUGCUUUUUCCCUACGGCUGUGGUGGUUUCGAGGUUGACAGGAGCGUGAAGGUGACCUAUGAAGAACAUGUCCGAUGGGCGUUGCAACACGCGUCAGGCCGAUUCCGACAUCACACUCAAUUUAUCUUCCAAGUCUUUGGUGUGCUGUGGAAGCGUCAAGUGUGCCGCUCUGCUGCUUUACACAUCGAUCAUAAUCAAUUCAUCGCCAACUACGAGGACUUUAUGAGGCUGAAACCCAAGGACUUUCUAGACGCCAGUGAGGAGGAAAAUCUCAAUGUCACCCUCUCCAACCCAACCAUGCGCUUGCUACGUCAGCAUAUAACCACUGUUCGUGCCAAGGUUCAAGAUAUGGGGUAUGACACUCAAAUUCAACCCACCAAGUAUUUGGGCGACGAUCAAUCUAUCCGACACUAA